AUGUCUUAUGAUCAGGCGCUAAUACCGAAUUGCUACAAAAAAUCAACAAUCUCGACCGCACUACAAAGUACACGACAUCAAAAUGGUGUUGGCGGUCGCGAUAGUAAUUCCGGUUCUCGACGGUCCGGGUCUAAUAGAACGCCUCAAGAUUACACCGCCGCCGAUGUUCAAAUUCUCUGGCAAGAUUUCGAUCGCCUAUUCGAAGUAAAACGCACCGAGUCGAAGAAAUUAGAGAGUUGGGGAACGCCUUGGAAAUGCCACUAUAAGGAAAUUCCACAAGCGUCACAUGGAAUGCUUUCCAAGCUAAUCGACCACCCAGACAACCUUGGAGAAUCAAAUUAUCCAAAAGUAACACCUAAUUUCAUUAUAGAAAUAAGGUCUGAAAACGACACAGCCUUAGAUGUUGACCAAAAGAUGAAUCUAUAG